AUGCGAUACUGGGGACGCAACCUAUUAUGCCUCCUCACAGUCGGCAUCCUCUGUCUUACUGAGGCUUCAACUGCCUCAGAUCAUUGCGGAAAAGCUUGCCGACAAACAUUUCGAACUCUCCGAUUUGCCGACGCACCUCCGGGCGUUUUCUUCACGGUACAGGAAUGCACCAGCCUUAUUUACCAGACUUCGCUUCACCUUUGUUGGGAAGAACACUGCGCUGAGGAUAUAUGGCGGACCGAAUCAGCCUCAAUGAACCUGACAUGUCACGAUAUCAGCGGUUCUUAUCUUCCGCCGCACAAUAUCAUCAAUAACCUGACAGAUCACGACAUUAAAGCUAUCCCAAGAUUUAAUGCCACAAGCCCCGAUCGAUCCCACGUGUCUGGGGCAUUGAUGCUUCCAUCAAAGUCAUACUAUGCUCUUUGGGUCAGAACGCUGGAGGCGCACGAUUACAUAUGGGACUACCACAACUACUACGGCUGGGCCAUGGGGAUAUUCUGGGCUUUGGCCGUCGGAGUAGGCAUCGGUAAUCGGGCUCUGGGUCAAUCCUUCUCCAGUCAAGGUCGAAAGACGGCGUGGAUAAGGCGUAAUAUUCUUCUACCUGCAACUCUCGGCAGAUGCUGUGUACAAGACUAUGGGGGCUGGGGUACCUUGCCUCCGAGGAUACAGACAUUGACUCUCAUUCUUUUCGUGAUCCUUAACAUUGCAUGUACGAUACACGGAUACGAGAUAUUUGAAGGUUAUGGCUACUAUCCCUCUGUAUGGACGCAAGUGCUGCGACACGUAUCCGAUCGAACUGGGAUACUCUCCUUUGCCAACUUUCCCUUGAUAUGGCUGUUCGGAAUGAGAAAUAACACCGCUCUCUGGUUAACAGGCUGGGACUUCAAGACUUACAACAACUUCCACCGAUGGGUUGGCCGGAUCACCACUUUACAAGCCGUGAUACAUUCAAUCGGAUAUACGAUCAUAAUUCUGCAACGCGGUGGGUGGAGAUACUUCUGUCAAAUAUGGACAUUUACCUUUUGGUGGACUGGGGAGCUUGCAACAAUAUUCAUCUGUCUCCUGAUAGGACUUUCGGUGUUUUGGGUGCGACGCCAAAAUUACGAAUUCUUUCUCAUCACACACAUUGUCUUAUCUUUUUGGAUCCUCGUAACUAUGCUCGGGCAUGUGUCGAUAUUUAGUGGUGCAUAUGAUCCUCUUGUGUGGGUUCCAGCACUAGUCUGGCUUCUUGACCGGAUCAUUCGUGGAUUGCGCAUCAUGGCCUUCAACCCGAAAUUUUGGGACACCAAGGCUCUCAUCACUUACAACGAAGAUGCACACAUGAUCCGCGUGACAGUCUCAACUUCUUCAAGUAUCUACAGCAUUGAGCCAGGUACAUUCUACUAUAUCAUGGUGCUCAAUCAACGGAACUUUUGGGAAAGCCAUCCUUUCACCGUAGCGACAAUAUCGGAAUCCGGUCAUUACGACACAGAUACUUUGGAAGAAGACUCACCCUUACUGAACUAUGGAUCCUCUGGUGAACUGAGACAUGCAUCCGAAAAGUCCCAUCAAGAAAUGACCUUCUUGAUUCGGCCGUAUGAUAGCUUUACUUCGAGGCUAAGGGAGUAUGCCGAAGAGGAACGACCAAAGCCGGCUACAGUACGUGUGGCUAUUGACGGCCCAUAUGGAAAGACCUUGCCUCUUGAGCGGUUCUCAAAAGUUCUUUUCAUCGUUGGUGGGAGCGGAAUCGCGGUCCCGUUGUCGUAUCUUCCGAGGCUUACGGCAUCAUCAAACAAGACGCCAAGGAUUGAAGUCCACUGGGCUGUGCGACAGUCAACUUUCGCCGUUUAUGUUUUGAGCCAUGAACUGGGUGAUAUGCUCGGGAACGAUCGAGUAGUAGAGAUUAACAUCUACCUGACUGGCAGCGAUGUUGACAGCAGAAGAACAUGUGAUGAGACUACCUACAGGCUCGUGAAGUGGAGGUCUCAACGAUUAAAUGUCGAACAAAUUAUUGACGGGGCGUUAGAGGAUGGAGACAAAGAGAGUAUCGCAGUGGUUACAAGUGGUCCCGCCGCAAUGGCUGAUGAGAGCAGACGCGUGGUUACGGCAAGGACAGUGUCGUCUUUACCGCAUAUUGAGUAUUUUGAGGAAAGCUUCCAGUGGUGA